GCUGUUGAGACCCGGGCCACUAUGAUAGCUCUUCGAUACAGGUUUCCCCUUUACCCCACGUUUUAAACUUCUUGAAUAGCUCUCAUCUUGGCUAGAUGCCGCCCAGUCUGGGGAAGCGCCGAUCCGGGGGGCGGAUGUUGAGUGCGGAGAAGCUCAGCUCGCAUAAGGUUUCCCGACUGCUUUUUCAUUCUCAUUGAGAGCGCCAGGACAAUAGGAUAUCCAGCGGAAAUUGAUUGCCGCCUCGAUAGAGCACUGCUUUCAAUGGCAGUCGCUGAUAAGUGUCCGAUGGCCGCUUUAAGAAGCUAAGCGUAUGUAGGCAUCCUACCACCAAACACCAGCCUCUCACCAUGACACGAGUAGUCGUAUUCGGUGCCACAGGAGUCCAAGGCGCAGCGCAGGUCGCUGUACUCGCACGGACUGGUCAUGAUCCCGUCGCUGUUGGCCGCAACCCCAAGCCGAUAGAGAUUGACGGCAAGCCCAUCGAGACAUGUGCCGCCGACUUUGCUGAUCAGGCGGCCCUCGACAAUGUCUGCGCCACAGCCGAAGUGAUAUUCCUCAACCUGCCGUCUACGUCCUUCCAGCCGACGGAGCCCAUCCUGGAUGCUGCGCGAGCCAUCGCCCAGGCUGCCAAGAAGUCGUCGUCCGUCCGCCUGGUGGUUUUCAACACGAGCAUGCCGGUGCCCGAGGAAAAGCGCGGUAUCGAGGCGCAAGACGAUCGAAUCGACAUUCGAAACAUCCUGCGGGACCAGGGCCUCCCCGUCAUCUCCAUCCAGCCAGUGGUCUUUCUAGACAAUCUCCUCGAAGGCUGGGCGUACCCCCCAAUCGCCGAGCGCCAGACCAUUGUCUACUGCCACAAGCCAGAGCUCGAGGUGUCCUGGAUCUGCCAUCACGACAUUGCGCAGCUCAUGGUCGCGGCCAUUGACCGCCCCGACCUUGCUGGACGCAACAUUGCCGUUGGUGGCCCGGAGACGGUGCACCUGCACGAGUUGGCCGCCAAGCUGUCGCGCGCGUGGGAGAGGCCGAUUGGGUAUGAGCACCAGACGGUGGACGACUUUUGCGACAAGAUCAGCGUGGCCAUGAAGCAGAGGUCGAACAUUGACGCCGACCAGCUCGUGGCGCAGAUGCACAAAGCCUACACGCACUACAACGAGUCGCCUGAGAAGCCCUUCAAGAUCGACAUGGGCCCUGUCUUGGAGGAGCUGCCGGUCAAGCUGACGCCAAUUGAGGACUGGGGCAGGAUGACAAAGCACAGGCUUCCUCCGCCCAUAGCGACCUGAUCAGUAGAUGAAUAGACUCAAGUCCACUCUGAAUGUGACUUCAUGUUGGUGUCGAGCAGUCGCUAGUUGUGACUUUAAAUUGAUCAUGCGAGGUGGACAGUUCCGCUAGUGGGAGUUCACGGUAGUGAAGCGCGCGUCGUCGCAAGGCUGCGUCGUCUGGUGCUGGCAGAUUUUAAUGGUGAAUGAUCAAAAUUGGUGUCGCGCUGGU